AUAAAAAUUUCAUUCGCAUGUCUAGUUCAGACUUUGAAUAUUUGAUUCAAUUAAUUGGCCCACAAAUAGCAAAGAAAGAUACGCGUUUCAGAAAGGCGAUAUCUGUGCAGGAUAGGUUAGCUGUGACACUACGUUUCUUAGCAAGUGGAGACUCCUACUCCAGUCUGCAAUAUUUAUUCAGAAUAUCGAAACAAGCGAUAAGUCGAAUUGUUCCUGAAGUCUGUGCUGCGUUAACACAAGGUUUAAGACAUGAAAUAAAAUUGCCCGAUUCUCCUAAUGAAUGGAUAAAAAUAGCAGAAGAAUAUGAAUCUCAGUGGAAUUUUCCGCAUUGUUUGGGUAGUAUGGACGGCAAACAUGUGGUAAUUCAAGCCCCAUUCAAUUCUGGAAGCGAAUUUUUCAAUUAUAAGCAAACAUUUAGCAUCGUGUUGUUCGCGCUAGUCGAUGCCGAUUACAAUUUUUUAUUUAUUGACACGGGUUGCCAGGGAAGGAUAUCAGAUGGAGGAGUGUUUAAAGAUAGCGUAUUGGGUAAAAAAAUGAAGAGAGGAGAUUUAUUUUUACCAGAACCCACACCACUACCUGGACGAGUAAAAGCUUUGCCAUACUUCUUUUUGGGCGAUUCCGCAUUUGCAUUGUCAGAAAAUUUGUUAAAGCCUUUUUCUGGAGAACAUGCGGCUGGUACUUUGAAAAGAAUCUUCAAUUACCGCUUAAGUAGGGCGCGUAGGGUAGUUGAGAACGUAUUCGGUAUAACAUCAUCUGUAUUUCGUAUUUUAAGAAAACCAAUCGUUUUGGAACCAGAAAAGGUCGAACUAGUAGUAAUGACUAUUGCUUACCUCCACAAUUAUUUAAGGAGGAACGCACGCAAUAUUUAUACUCCUCCGGGAUCCUUAGAUAAAGAAAUAGACGGAAAUGUUACCCCUGGAACAUGGAGGAACGAUAAUGAAGGCAGAUCAAUGACUUCACUUAAAAACGUGCCCAGAAGAACAUCACUUGCCCUCGAUCAUAUUCGACAUGAGCUAGGGGAUUAUUUUAUUAACGAAGGGAAAGUUUCAUGGCAAAAUCUAUAUGCGUAAAAUAUAAAUAGUAGGUACUUACGGUAUUAGAUCGUUUUCGCGGUUGGUUUCUUUCAUUCAGAAAGGCCAGAGCAUCAUACGCAAACCAUCUGCUUUUGUAUACUUCCGCUGAACCUAAAAAUGUAUCUUUAAAACUACAAUUUUAUUAACAAAUUCAACUAUUAAAAAAUGAAAAAUCAGUAUAGUUUUUUUUACGUAAAUGAAAAAAGAGAUUCAUAUUUACCUUUUCCAG